AUGAAACGCCAAGCUGGCCAGACGGCUUGGCGAGUUUUCCUGUCACAUGGCAACGUGGGUUUGGCUGUAUGGCUGCCCAGAUACAGGGUUGUGUUGAAUUUAAAGUGUCCUCCUGAAACCUCGGUCUUCACGGGCGAGGCAACAGCUAUCUUAGAAGCUCUUCUCUACACUGAGUCCCACAAAUUAAAUAAAACUAUCAUUUUAUCAGAUUCGGCCAGCUGUUUACAAGCUAUCAUCGCUUAUCCAUUUAAAUCUAAAUCAAAAUUCCCAAUAAUUCUCAAAAUUAGAGAAACUCUUCAUCGCUGUGUGACUCAGGGUAUUGAGGUAGCUAUUGCCUGGAUUCCCGGACACAGUGGCAUCAUUGGUAAUGUGUGUGCAGAUUCCUUCGCUAAGGAAGCCGUUAGCUUGGGCCUGGAUACUCAUUACCAAAACUUCGCUCAUGACCUUGCCUCGCUCGCAGGUCCGAGGCUAGAUAGAUCCUGGAAAGUGUCCUGGGACACUUCCAGGAAUCUCAAAGGCUCCGUCUGGGUCAUGCGUGCACCCCUGUGCACCUGGCUAGGAUUCGGGUAUUAACCCUGUAAAUAUAUCUAAAUUACCGUAAAGACAGCUAUAAUAUACAUGUGUGUUCCUUAUUACUAUUGAAUUUGGCGGAAUUUGCUGUGUCAGUCACACACGGCAUAGUGCCACAACCAAAGAUUGAUUGAUU